GCUCUACUGUUGAAAUAUGACCGUUGCUAUAUUACGCCAAUAAAAACCAAAAACAUCCUUCCUCUCUCUUCUCUCUCUACAUAUUUCAAAUACAUUUUGCAGCGUUUCGUCUCUCUCUCUCUCACGUCCACUGUGUGAGGUUUCUGCGUUUUUCCGGAGAUGGCGAUCGCGGCGGAGUCUCAACAGGAGCACAAGAAUUCUUCAGAGAGCACAGCAGCAGAGAGAAAGAAAUGGACCCUAAAUGACUUCGACAUCGGAAAGCCUCUUGGCCGAGGAAAGUUUGGGCAUGUAUAUCUCGCUAGAGAAAAGAGGAGCAAUCACGUUAUCGCACUGAAGGUCUUGUUUAAGAGCCAGCUUAAAGAGUCUCAGGUUGAGCACCAGCUUCGUCGUGAAGUCGAGAUACAGAGUCAUCUUCGACACCCCAACAUACUACGACUAUAUGGUUACUUCUACGAUCAGAAACGAGUUUACUUGAUUCUGGAGUAUGCUGCCAAGGGAGAGCUCUAUAAAGAGCUACAGAAAUGCAAAUAUUUUAGUGAAAGACGCGCUGCAACAUACAUUGCAUCAUUAGCUCGAGCACUCAUAUAUUGCCAUGGGAAGCAUGUUAUACAUCGUGACAUCAAACCCGAAAACCUUUUGGUUGGAGCACAGGGUGAACUCAAAAUUGCAGAUUUUGGUUGGUCUGUCCACACAUUCAACCGUAGGAGGACCAUGUGUGGCACUCUAGAUUAUCUUCCACCUGAGAUGGUUGAGAGUGUGGAGCAUGAUGCGAGUGUAGAUAUAUGGAGCCUUGGUAUUCUGUGCUACGAGUUUCUCUAUGGAUUGCCACCUUUUGAAGCAAAAGAACACGCAGACACGUACAGAAGGAUUAUCCAAGUGGAUUUAAAAUUCCCUUCAAAGCCGGUAGUUUCUUCAGCAGCUAAAGAUCUAAUAAGUCAGAUGCUCGUGAAGGAUUCUUCGAAGCGUCUGCCUCUGCACAAACUGCUAGAGCAUCCGUGGAUCGUGCAGAAUGCCGAUCCCUCGGGUGUUUACAGGGUUUGAUUGAUGCUGCUGCUGCUGUAACAUUGUACUUCUGGCCAAUCAUUAGAUCAUCUUCUCAUUGUAGAUUAUAUCAAUCACUGUUGUGUUUUUAUUUUUGUUAAAACAUAAAUCUCUGUUGUGUUAAAUGUAGAUGAGAGCGAUAUAAUAUGCAUUCUCUCUCUCUCCUAUGCAUGUUGGGGUAGUGACAUUAGCUGCCAUUAAACAAUUAUCUGAUUGAAUGUAAUGCUUCUUAUUAUUGACAAUAAUUUACAUUGAUUCUUUUGAGGGAAA